AUGGGUCUUCUGUGGAGUCUCUUCAAGUCCGUCGUGCCUUUGAAAGUAAGAGAAUAUAUCAAAGACUACGGCAAGAGGAACGGCUUGCUGACGCUGUCCGUGUUUGCAGUGGUCACUGGCUGUGUACUGGGAUUCUUUCUCCGCUCCCUCAACCUUUCCACUCAGGCCAAGAUCUACUUCUCUUUUCCUGGAGAGCUGCUCAUGAGGAUGCUAAAGAUGUUAAUUCUGCCUCUCAUCACCUCAAGCCUUAUGUCAGGGCUCUCCGCCAUGGACACCAGAGCCAGCGGCCGCCUGGGAGUCCUGACCAUCACGUAUUACCUGUGGACCACGUUUAUCGCGGUGAUUGUGGGGAUUGUUCUGGUGCUCAUCAUUCACCCCGGGACAGGAUCAGAAAAGGAUCACCACCACUCACACUCCGGGCCCGUCAUGACCUCCGCCGAUGCACUGCUUGAUCUCAUCAGAAAUAUGAUUCCAUCAAAUCUUGUAGAAGCCACUUUUCAACAGUACCGAACGGACCUUCUGCCGAUUGUGCAAAACAGCAACGCGGAAAACUCCCAGGCCAACUUUGUGUAUGUGAUGCCGGACUACCACAACCCUCAGCUGGGGCACCCUGUGUUCCUGGAGAUCACUCCUGCUCCAGACGUCAAAUACAAGAUGGUCCCCAGCACCAGCAAAGGCAUGAACGUGCUCGGCAUCGUCAUCUUCUCUGCCACCAUGGGUCUGCUCUUGGGUAAAAUGGGAGAACGUGGAGCUCCACUGGUGAACGUGUGCCAGUGCGUCAACGAGUGUGUCAUGAAGAUUAUUACAGCAGCCAUGUGGUAUUUCCCGUUUGGCAUCGUGUUCCUGGUGGCGGGCAAGAUCCUGGACAUGCACGACCCGGCCCACCUGGGAGAGAAGCUGGGCAUGUACUUCAUCACGGUGCUGGCGGGACUCUUUGUGCACGGACUCAUUCUCCUGCCCAUGUUCUUCUUCUUCUUCACCCGGAAAAACCCCUUCGUCUUCAUCCGCGGCCUUCUACAGGCGCUGGUUAUCGCCUUGGCAACGUCAUCCAGCUCGGCCACGCUGCCAAUCACCAUGAAGUGUCUGUUGGAGAACUGCGGUGUGGACCGGCAGAUUGCGCGGUUUGUUUUGCCGGUUGGAGCCACAAUCAACAUGGAUGGAACCGCUUUGUAUGAGGCCGUGGCGGCCAUUUUUAUCGCUCAAGUCAACGAAUAUGACCUGGACUUCGGACAGCUGGUGACUAUAAGUAUUACAGCCACAGCAGCCAGUAUCGGAGCAGCUGGGAUCCCUCAGGCCGGACUUGUUACCAUGGUGAUAGUCCUGACUUCUGUGGGUCUUCCUCCGGCUGACAUCUCGCUCAUCGUGGCCAUCGAUUGGGUUCUGGAUCGUUUCCGAACCAUGGUGAACGUGUUGGGAGAUGCCCUGGCUGCUGGGAUCAUGGCUCAUAUUUGUAAGAAGGACUUUGAGCGAGCGGCUUCAGCUGCCUCCACCUCUGCCCAGAGUCACAGACGAGGCUCCAAACGGAGAGACACUGUGAUUUCGGUGGGGACCCAGAGCGUGGCGCAGUCGGACGCUCCUCUACUGCCUCAUAAAUGUGAUUAUGUUUAUGAUGUGGAGGGAGACUGUGUGGUGGAGCGACCUGUGCCCUGUUACAGCCUCUGCCACGUCUGA